CAAAAAUGGUCGUCAUUCAUGUCAAACGUGCAGAAGAUUCUAUGUUUCUGUUUGAGGCUCCAGUAGUCUCUGAUUUGGCUGACCUUGUUCCUUCUAUUGCCACUAUUUACAACCUUCGUCUGCGUAUUGGUCGCCUGCUUUCAUGUGCCGAGGAGUUUAUCAAAUAUGGUCCAUUGAAACCAGACAAUGAACAAGGAUACACUGAAGAGCAGUUGGAAAAGUUUUCGAGUCCUGAUACUGAACUGCCAGAUAAGCCUAGAAAUGAGAUCUAUAAGAACGGAUUCAUGUUUUAUGAUAACCCCGACCCAAGUGGUCGACGUGUAGGUCAAGCAAUGGGAGAAGCAGCUGCCAAUGUGAUUGUCACAACACUCAACGCCGCCACGGAUGCAAUCUCAAAAGAUCAAAUCACUAAAGGAGUUUCGCUCAAAUUGGAUGUUUUAAAGUCACUGUUGGAUGACAUUCGUGGUGCGUUUUGCAUUGUGCACCCAGAAGGAUUUCCAGAGUGGGAACCACUUCGCGAUAUCUUAGAGGACACUGAGGAUCUAUCUGGAACAGCGGCUUCAAAGGAAAUUAUAGAUUCAAAAGACGCCUCUAUUUGGUGGGCCAACAAAGAGCUACAGCGAGAGAAGAAACUGUGCGACUAUAUUGGUAAAAAUGAUAAAACUAAGAUUAUUGUCAAGCUACAAAAGCGAGGUCAGGGACCGCCACUGCGAGAAGCACCCAUUUCUGAGCAACAACAGAAAGAAAUGAUGGCGUAUUACUACAGAAAACAGGAGGAGCAAAAAAAACUCGCAGAGAAUGAUGAAGACGAGUAUCUCAAUUCCUCAUGGGCUGACACCAAAGCUCUUAAAUCAGCUUUUAAUGGAAUGCAGGGUGUCAAGUGGAGAGCCUUUUAA